AAAGGACUAAAUUUGUCCAUCUUGGCUACCGUACUAGUUAGACAGCGUGACUCUGAGGAGGCGGUGCAAAGAAAUAAAGAGUCUUCAGUCUCUUUUCGCCACUUUAAUAUCAAAUAAUGAGCACUGCAGAGUUGAAGACCAUCACCGUGGUUGGCAGCGGUCUGAUUGGCCGCUCCUGGGCCAUGGUGUUUGUCAGCGGAGGCUACCGGGUAAAGAUCUACGACAACCAACCGGGGCAGGCUUCAAAGGCUAUCACGGAGAUCAGGAAGCAGCUGGAGGAGCUGGAAGAAGCCCACAUGCUGAGAGGGCAGCUCACCGCCGCGCAGCAGCUUGCCCUGCUCUCCAGCUAUGAAGACUUGGCCCAGGCCCUGGAGGGAGCCUUUUUCGUGCAGGAGUGCGUAUUCGAGCAGCUUGAAGACAAGCAGGGCGUCUUUCAGGAAAUCGAACGUUUUGUGGGUAAAGAAGUGAUCCUGAGCAGCUCCACCUCCUGCCUGGUACCGAGCAGCGUCUUUUCUAAAGUACAGGAAAGAAGCCGCUGCCUUGUGUCCCAUCCGGUAAACCCACCUUACUAUGUCAGACUGGUCGAGCUGGUGCCCCACCCAGAGGCCAAGCCAGCCGUUAUGGACGCCGCCCAUUCUUUGAUGACCAAGGUCGGCCAGGCACCGGUCCUUCUGAAGAAAGAGAUAGAUGGCUUUGCCCUCAACAGAGUUCAGGCUGCUAUUAUUGCUGAGUCAUGGAGGCUGGUUCAGGUAUGUGUCAGGGAGAGGUCUUCUUGUUGAAGAGCCUGUUGGGUU